AUGUCAUUACUUCCUCAGUCAGUGGAGGCAGAGCAUUUUGAUGGGCUGUCCCUGCUCUACUGGACAAUCAUGGGACCACAUGGUAUCAACCGUGCUGUGCAGAGACUAGAAUUCACCGACUGCAAGAGAGGCCUUGGUGUGAAAAUAAUUGGAGGGUACAGAGAACUGAGUGGUGAAGAGUUUGGCAUUUAUAUUAAACGUGUUUUACCUGGCGGAGUUGCAGCACAGGAUGGACGGCUCCGGUCAGGAGAUCUUAUUCUGGACGUCAACAACAUGAAUUUGGGUGGUGUUACAACUGAGAGGGCAGUGGAGAUCCUUCGCAUGGCAUCAUCCACGAAUCACAUGUCCCUGCUGAUCGCCCGAGAUGAAGAAUCCAGGAGGGAGUUUGUGGAGCUGAUGGACAAAUAUGGCUCUAACAGCAGUACGGGGUCUGGUAUAGACAGAAUCUCCCCCACUGGCCUCACCACAGGCAAGUUGACAGACACAGCUUCAUCUUCAUCAUCCUCUCGAUCCACCAGUCCUCCGCUUAUGAGCCCUAAAGAAACUGGAUCAUCAGCCUACAUCGCCAGUAAUCCAACUCCAUCAGCACCACCGGUCUGCAGUGACUGUGCCAUUCAGCUUAUAUGUGUUGCCAAGGGAACAGGAUUAGGCUUGGUGAUCAAAGGCGGAGCUAACCGGGCAGAAGGACCAAUGGUGUUCAUUCAGGAAAUAAUACCAGGAGGAGAUUGCCAGAAGGAUGGGAGACUCAAGGUUGGAGACCAGCUCAUCUCUGUUAAUAAAGAGUCAUUCAUUGGGGUGACCUAUGAAGAGGCCAGGAGCAUUCUCACACGCACCAAACUCAGACCGGACCCAACGGUGGAGAUUGCAUUCAUAAGGAGGAGGUCUUCUUCUGGCUCCAGCAGUGGACCCCACAGCCCAAUCUCCCUACAGUCUCCGUCCCAGCAACCUCCGUCCAGCAGUGGGCCCCAGCUCAGACCCACGGGCCUUGGGGUCCUGCCUCUGUCAGGAACCCUCGUGCCCAAAUUGUCUCCCACCCCUGACGCUGGAAGUGAGACCCUGCCUUCUGUCAAACUGACUCAAGUGCGAACGGUUCCUGUGAGGGUGGAGCCUACACCUGUUUGCCAUCCACAGAGUGCCUGUACCGCUGUGACUAACUCUGAUGCCAAAGCAGCCUGUAAGCCUGCCGACACUUCAGCUGUGUCCGCGACUCCUCCCCCUGAGCCCAACUUCCGUCCAAAGCCAGACAAAAUGGAACAGUCUGUGGACACACCAGGACCGAAGCCUGCUGAGUCCCAGAUCCAGACGCUGAGGGAGAGACUUCGGGCAGACCCUGGUGGAAUCGUGGCUUACGGAGACUUUGAGAGCAUCAGACAGGGGUUGUCUAAAUCUUCUCCUGAUGAAUCUGGCUGUGCUCAGGAGGUAGUGGGAGUCACAUCAGACAGUCUCAGCAAUUCUUCAACUCUUCCAUUGGCACCAACACCAGACUCUGAAGACCUGGAUGAAAUGGAGAGAUUGAGAAAAGACCACAUCGAAGCCUUGAGAGAGCUAAAGCAACUACAGGAUCAUCUCGCCGACUCUCAGAACCUUUGUCAUCAGAUGCAAGAGGAGCUGAUGAAGGUGAAACAGGAGGCAAAAUCGGCGUCGGACGAGAGCCGGUCGUUGCGGAAGCGGAUUCACCUGGCGGAGGCAGCGCAGAAGCAGGCGCGUGGGAUGGAGAUGGACUACGAGGAAGUCAUUAACCUCCUGGAGGCCGAAAUCGCCGAACUCAAGUCCCAGGGCGCCAAAGGUCCCGGCCAAACUAAAGACCUGAAGAGGAGAAUUGUGUUGCUGGAGUGCCAGUUGAGACAGACAGAAACAGCCAGGAAGAGUUUUGAGGUCUCUACCGCCAAACUACUGCAGUUUAUGGAGAUCGUUCAAGAGUUCCUUACCGAAAAUCAAGCCGUCUUGAGAAGUUACAGUUCUGCGAACGAGCCCAGGAUUUCUUCACUCUCCCAGAACCCGGCUACCCGUGGUGGAAAGACGGCCCAGUGGACUGCCCCAGCGCUGGCCUCAGAAGCCAAAGAACUGGCCCGCUCCAUCAGAACCACUCUGGAAAUGGACUGUUUACCGUAUGGUUGGGAAGAGGCCUUCACUGCUGAAGGCACGAAAUACUUUAUUAAUCAUGUGACUCAGACAACAUCAUGGACACACCCAAUGCUAAGCUCCCUCGGCCUCUCCGAAAAAGAAGCGAGUGACCUGCCCGAGAACGUUCCAGAAUACGCCAGCUAA